AUGGCGACACUGCAAAUUGAAGAAGAUGAACCCGUGGAAGAAGGGGUGCAGAAAUUCUUCGACUUGUUGACGCGGCUUGAGGGAGCUGAUUUGAACUACAGUGAGCUCCAGAAGAAGACCAAGUUGCUGGCCCUACUCUCUGAGUCGUGGUCCUCGCUCAUCACCAACUUGAACCGUGCUCUGCCCCAUCUCUCGCUUGAAGACGUGAAGCGCGCAAUGCUUCAGGAGGACUUCCGCCGCCAGGAUGAGAGGGAGGGAGGUUUGGUGGCAGCAACUUCAGUGGAGGCCGCGGGAGUGGAAGCUACGGCAGCGACGACAAGAGCUACGGACAUGGUCGUGGCCGAUUCGACGGCGAAUGUCACUAUUGCCAUAAGACCGGACACAUGUGGGGCGAUUGCUACAAACUUCCUGAAGGAUGGACCCCUGCUCAAGACCAAGAGGGUAGAGGAGCAGGAGGAGGGAGAGUUAGAGGCCGUGGAGGCUGUGACGGUCGCGGAGGUGGAGCUGCGAACAUGA